AUGGAGAUGUUUGGGACAGUUGUUCUGCGAAAACUCGCGCUACCACCACCGCCGCCUUCACGUUACCUCUCCGGCGGAUGGAUAGUUCCUUCUAAUAUUUGCUACUGCGCGUGUGCUAGAUUCUGUGGUGACCGUCGGGAGCUUGGCGGAUGGAGACCUACUGAAGCCAUCCGCCUUUUACAGCGUCCUGAGCCGGCUUUCUCCCGCAUUUCCCAAAAUGCGGCUCUGAUAACUGAAGAAGUCAACGGCCAGGGACCAAAUCAAAGGAUUUCAAACUCGGUUGCUAUGCUGUCGGGUUACAUGUGUUGGUGUGACUACUGCCGUAUUGAUGGUGUGACAGUCCUGAGUAUGGACCACAGUGGCUUGAUCCAGGAAGGGCUUUGUGUACCUGAGAACAUUGUAUCUUCUAGCGUGUGUGGACUGGGCUCAGAUAAAGGUCAGGAGACUGCCAUGAACUCUUUAGGUGGCCUUGAGUUUUCUUCAGAAAAAAAUCCAGAGAUGCAGUUCGAAGUGAAUAAAACUGAGGUGGUGGAGACUUCUUCUGUAUAUGGAAAACCCCUAGAUAACUUCAGUACUGUUCACAAAAGUCCACCUGGAGUACAGAAAAGUUGUAUACCUGCAGUAGAAGCUGUGGCCUUAGAUAGGUCUUCCAGGGACAAACAGAGUACUCUCAACAUCAAUGGUCUUAGCUACCUACAGCUGCCCUGGGCCAGUCCUUACAUGAAAGGUGCCAUGCCAGCCACUUACCCUUUACUUGAUUCACCAAGUAUGUAUUCACUGAAAACAUACCAGGCCUUGCCACCUCAGCAAUCCUGCAGCUUGACCCAGCCUCUGAAUUCUCCAGUCUGCACAAAUGAAAAGCACUUUCUCUACCUGCCAACAUCUCACUCUGUCAGUCCCCACAUUCUGUCCUCUCUGGUUUCACCUGUGAGACUCUCAAUACCUUCAGCCUCCGUAGUUGUUCCACGUUUGGUCCGCUGUAUAGAGAAAAGCCUGCCCUGGAAGAUUGGCGUCAGUCCUUGGAACAGUAUUGAUUCCCAUGCUGCUCCCUGCAUCCAGGACAGUGAACAGUUUAGGAUGCCCUCUACUGAAGUAGUCACCAGUGGUAUCCCUGGAGAUACAGGUCUCCUUUUGCCCCUUUCAUCUUGGCCAUCACCAAAGGUCCGUUUCCCUUCCCAGCCCACCCCAGACAGCUACUCCACAUUCCAUAAACACUGUUCUGUGAUCUCCACCUCUCCAUCCAACACCCUGCCAAACUCAUGCAUGACAGCCAGCAGUGAGUUCCCUAUGUCCAGGUUCCUGAAAAGCAAGUAUCUGAGGGAUCCAGAAGGAGCCCAGAGUGCUCAUCCAGUUCCUGAGCACAUUGGGAAAACAGGAGGUCAAGAUAGAAGAGAUGGCAGCUCAUAUCCUCUGUUGGAAAAGCAGAUGGUUACCAAAGAUGUCACCAGUAAGUCACUGGACUUGUCUUCUGAAGUAGUGAUUGUAGACACUUCCAAAGUUGACCACAUGAAAAAGAUGGCUCCUAUGGUCCUGGUUAACAGCAGAACGGGAAAUGGCUUAGUGCUCCCUGAGAGUGACAUUCUGAAACAAAGUUCAUCUCUUUCAGGAAAUGGAUAUUCUGUCUAUAGAUCUGAGAUUAGCAUAGCUCCCUCAUCAUGGGUGGUGCCUGGGCCAAGUCGUAAUGAGGAAAAAAAUGGCAAAGGCCUGUCACUGAAAAACAAAGACUCAGCCCAGGUAAUACUGCAGCAGCAACCCAGUUGUUUGUUUCCCUGCAUGGGCGUCACAGACACCACGGCUACUGUUUGGGGGUCUAAGUUGGACAUGAGACAUCCAGCUGUUGUGUUGCCAGUUGCAAAUGCCAGUGCAGAUGACAUUAAGGCUAGGAUGAACUCCAUGGAUACUACAGCAUGUGUUAGUCAACACAUGGGCCAGCCCCUGACCACACCUACCAUAAAUAGCAGUGGCACCAGCAGCAGGGAUAGCAAAGCCAGCAAUCCAGAACCAAGUCUCAAAGCAAAUGAGAAUGGAUUCAGACCAAGCUCAGUAUUUCUGUCUCCAAAUGAGAUGUUCAUGUCCCCACCAAUUACCUACUCUAGGAGUUACUUCCCUUACGCAGCACCUGAAAGCACUCCUCUCAGUCCCCUCUCUUUACCUGGCAAGAGAUCUCUUUGCCCUCACUCAAUUUCCUUACCAAAUAGUACUCUGUUCCCUGGGCAUCUUUUCCCAAAGCUCAGACUGCCCUACAUGGGCCAGCCACAGUUUGUGACCUAUCAAGACUCAGGCAUGGGCUAUCCCAUUAUGCCCAUAGAGAUCACUAAAGAGGAGAAGCCACAGAAAUGUUCCUGUUCCCAUCACAGAGCCUGUUAUGAGGACCCAACCCUUCAGAAUCACUUUCCUCAGAAGUUGGAAUCUAGCAGCACCAAGUUACAUUCAGAAGUCUCCACUGAGAACCUAAAUUCAAGCUGUAUGUGGAAUCAAGGAGGAAAUGUUGCCAGGAGUGGCAACCUUGUCUAUGUAGACCUUCUGGAAAAGUCAUAUGCUACAACUGAUACAGACAUAUUCAAACAUGCAUUGGCAGCUGAGAGUGUUUGUCAGAGUGAUGAGCCCACCAAGCCCCCAACUGACACAGCCCUACAGCCACAGGAUUUUAUCCCUCUAAGUGAGGAGACAAGGCACAGCAGUGACUUCCAUGAACCCCAUACAUUCAGACAGGCUGUAGGCUUAAGCAAGAAGAAUGUUUCAGCAGGAACCAACAAGGAGAACCUGGCCAUGCCAGUUUUGACUCCAUUCCUUGAGCCAACUCUAGGGAAUGAUGGCCCUUCUGUAACUUCUGGUAAAACCAAAGAGAAUCCCAAACCAUUUUGCAUGGGUGGUGCCCCACCAAGUGUGGAUAUCACCCCCACUUAUACCAAAGAUGGAGUUGAUGAGGCAGAAUCAAACAAUGGCAAAGUUCUGAAACCGAAGCCAUCUAAGCUGGUAAAAAGAAUGGCAAACUCUGCUGGUUAUCUGGGUGACCAGUUCAAGUGUGUCACUACAGAGCUGUACGCAGAUUCAAGUCAGCUCAACCGGGAGCAGCGGGCUUUACAGAAUGCAAUGAUGCGCUUCUCAGAGUUGGAGAUGAAAGAAAGAAAAUGUGCAGCUAAACACUCUGAGGUAUGUAAAUUUAACUCUACUGACCGGCGAAGGCUGAAGGGAAAUCAAGAUAAAAAACCAAAGUUGGUGGCAUUGGAGGCUGUUGCCGACCAGAGCAACCGUGAAAGAUACAAGUAUAGUGCUGGAAACAAACAGGAUCCUUUCAAAGCCCCAGAGAACAAAGAAUUUCCUAUGGAAAAGUGCUUCAUGGACAAGCAGUCUGUAAGUGAGCCACCUUCUGACCAAGUAGCUUCAGACAUACCAGACGGCUGCAGCCUUUGUUGGCUGGACAAAAAAUGUGUCUUGGGCACCAGCAACCACACUGUAGAAGAGAUGCCAAAAGUCCCUGUGCUAAAAGCCAAGCAGAGACGGGUCUCCAAAGGUGACUGGCCUAAGAAGGAAAUGAGUUUGUCUGACCACUUAGAAGACUCACAUCAUAGUGAGCCGACUAAGCUAAAAGUAUGCAUUGAAUUAACAGGGCUCCAUCCCAAAAAACAGUGCCACUUGCUGCACCUUAAAGAACAAUGGCAGCAGCAGGUGUCAGCAGCAGAGAGCAAACCUGGCCAGUGGGACAGGAAGGAAGUGACCCAGGGCAGUAACAUUUCUGAAGAGAAACCCAGGAGAAAAAGGACAGUGGCCAAAGGCAAUAGGAGCUGCUCAGAGAAGUCCCUGAAAUCUAGUGGCAAUGAACAAGGUACGCCUCUCCUUUUAGGCUCUCCUAGACAAUGUAUGAAGAGCCUUUUAUCUACCAUCACAAGUCACCAAAUGCACAACCAGCCACGGUGCACAUCAUGUUCAAGAGUGCAUAUGAAACAGCAGAAAGUUAAAGAAAGCCAGAAAACAUAUGUACUAUGUAGAGACGAAGAAGAGGAUUACUAUCCUGCUGCCAUCUCACUUCAGAAAUAUACUGACAACAUUGAGAAACCAUCUGGGAAAAGAUUGUGUAAAACAAAGCACUUGAUCCCUCAAGUACCCAGGCAGGCCUCCUCAGUGACAGGGGACUGCCAUGUGGACAAUGCAGAUGGCAAGGUGACUAUCCAGAGAUUUAGAAAUCACCCUGCACCCAGUUCUGACUGUGAUCAGUCACCAGACAGGAAGGGCCAAAAGCCCUUCAACCAUUUGCAACAGUUGCUGCUGGCUUCCAAAUCGUCACAGCCACCAAGCUCAAGCUCUGCUCCGCAAAUGACCAAGUCACACCAUUUGCAGCUGGAGGCACGGAGACUUAUUGUCAGUAAGAAUGCUGGAGAGACUCUCCUGCAGCGGGCUGCCCGACUUGGUUAUGAGGACUUGGUCUUGUACUGCCUGGAAAACAAGGUUUGUGAUGUGAAUCAUCAGGACAAUGCAGGUUACUGUGCCCUCCAUGAAGCUUGUGCAGGAGGUUGGUUCCUCAUUGCUCAACACCUUCUUAAACAUGGUGCUGACGUUAACUGCAGUGCCCACGAUGGGACCAGGCCUCUUCAUGAUGCAGUUGAGAAUAAUUACUUGGAGAUUGUUCGCCUGCUUCUUUCAUAUGGUGCUGACCCUACUUUGGCUACAUACUCAGGUAGAACCAUCACAAAUAUGACUCAUAGCAGGCUUAUGGAAAUAUUUCUGGCAGAGUAUUUAAACGACUUACAGAGACACAAUGAUGCUGAACUUAAUGGCGCUUGGGAGUUCUAUGGAAGCUCUGUAUGUGAACCAGAUGAUACAGCUGGAUAUAAUGUUUUGGCAAACCCUCCAGGACCAGAGAAGCAGGAUGCUGAAGAUGAGGCUUUAAGUGACGUGUUUGAAUUUGAGUUUUCAGAUACUCCUCUCUUACCAUGUUAUAACAUCCAAGUAUCUGUUGCUCAGAGGCCACGAAACUGGUUAUUGCUUUCAGAUGUGCUUAAAAAAUUAAAAAUGUCAUCCUGUACGUUUCGAUGCAACUUUCCGAAUAUGGAAAUAGUUAGAAUUGCAGAGGCAGAGUUUUAUAGGCAGGUGUCAGCAAGUUUCUUAUUCUCUUGCUCCCAAGACCUGCAAUCCUUUAAUCCUGAAAGCAGAGAACUAUUAGAUUUAGUUGAAUUCACAAAUGAACUUCAGAUUCUGCUUGGCUCCUCUGUGGAAAGGUUAAAUCCCAGCAAUGUGGCCCUUGAGGACCACUGGUGA